AUGGUUGAGGAUCUGAAGAGAAAGCCGCUCAUUGUUCUUGCUGUCCUCUUGCUGCUCAGCUCAGCACAAGCAGGGAAUACAGACAGACUCUCAGGGCAUCACUGCACUGACUUCCAGACAACAAAUUUCCUACGGGGCCGUAAACUUAAGGUCCAGUUUCUUCUGUUUACCUCCUCAAGUCCCAGCUGUGGGGAGCUGAUUUUAGCUGAUGAUGGCAUCAAGAACUGCAGUUUCAACAGCAGCCUGGAAACCAAGAUCAUAAUCCAUGGCUUCAGGGCUUUGGGUACCAAACCUUCCUGGAUUGAAGGGCUUGUCCAUGCCAUACUGCACACAAGUCAGGUGAACGUGAUUGCAGUAGACUGGGUUUAUGGGUCUACAGGAGCCUAUCCCUCUGCAGUGGAAAAUGUCACACAGCUGGCCCUCUCCAUCUCACAAUUCAUCAGCAAGCUCCUGGCCCUGGGAGUCUCAGGGACAUCCAUCCACAUCAUUGGGGUAAGCCUUGGUGCGCAUGUCGGGGGCCUGGUGGGGCACUUCCACGGUGGUCAGCUGGGACGGAUAACAGGCCUGGAUCCUGCAGGCCCUAAGUACACCAGAGCCAGCCCUGAGGAACGCCUGGAUCCUGGGGAUGCCCUUUUUGUGGAAGCCAUUCAUACCGAUGCUGACAAUUUCGGGAUCCGGAUUCCUGUGGGCCACAUCGAUUAUUUUGUCAAUGGAGGCAAAGAUCAGCCAGGAUGCCCCCGAUUCAUCUAUGCAGGCUAUAAGUAUCUGAUCUGUGAUCACAUGAGGGCAGUACAUCUCUAUGUCAGUGCCUUGAAACAUUCCUGUCCGAUCGUGGCAUUCCCCUGUGCAAGUCAUCAAGAUUUUUUAAACGGUCGUUGCCUGGACUGUGUUGACCCCUUCCUGUUCUCCUGUCCCAGAAUAGGCCUGCUGGAGCAGGCAGGUGUCAACAUGAGAAAGCUGCCCAAGGAAGUGAAAGUUUAUUUAAUGACCAGUCCCUCAGCCCCAUUCUGUGUCCAUCACAGCCUGGUUGAGUUCCACUUGCAGAAGAAAAGAAACAUAGUCACCAGCAUUGAGAUCACUUUCUGCAGCAACAGCACCAAGGACACAGUGAAGAUCACCAUACCUAAGCACGAGGAGAUGGGCAAACGGCUGCUGGCCCACAGAGUUCCCCUCUGCGAGAUAAACAGCGUGACGCUGAAGUAUCUCCCCAGGAAUCAGUUUUGGAGGAAGGACGAGUCAUCCAUUGUCGGCAAGUUCUGUGCAGCUGCGCUGCCUCUGGAUAGCAACCGAACAAUGUCAUGCCUGCCCUGGAACCUCACCCUCCCUGGCAACACAGACAUCUCCUAUAAGCUGCCCACUGCUUGUGCCUAG